UAAAUUCCAUGUUCAGCUUAACUAAAGGAACUCAUCUCUUAAAAGCAUCAUUGAGGAUAAACCCAGGGAGGAAUUAUUUCUCCACUUUGUUGGCAAAGCAGAGAAUUAUCAGACAACUUCGUAAGCUGGUUUUUUCGCCGUUUAGAUCCUAUGAGCAUGAGAAAUAUAUACAAUAAGGAUAAAUUUCUUGACAAAUCUAAUUACAAAGCCUCAGAAGAUGAAUACUUCAACUUACUCUCAGAUACCGAAAAGAGGGAGCACAUAAUGUCCAAGCUAGGCAUCGACGACAUCAACAGCCCAGACAUAGACAAAGCUCUGGCUGAUAUCGAGCAAGAGCAGAAGAAAAUCGAAGACCAAAAACAUGACGAAGAAGAGAAGAAAGUUAUUGACAUCACCAAGAUCAGAAGCAUGUUCGAUACCAUCAUCGAGAUGCAGUCAGACCCAGAAGGCCAAAAAGCUAAGGAAUUUGAACGACAAAUGGAGCAGUUCGAAAGCAAAAACCCUAAUAAGAAGAAAACACAGGUGUUUAUUAAGACGAUGAGGUCUGGCAGGAUUAUUAGUAAUGAAAAGAGAUUGAUGGGCAAUGACACUCUUUCAGGGCCGGAGAAACUCUUACAGAACGCAUAUGAUUACUUGCAACAUUCUUUCCCAGAGGAGAAUUAUUUAGAGGACUUUGAACUCCAUCAUUAUAGAUAUCCAGCAGAGACUAAACCAGUUGGAAUCGUUUUCUUCUUCCACGACCAAAGUAAAUAUAUGGGGAAAUAUGCCCAUGUUGCUGAAUGCUUAUCCAAGAAGAAUAUUGAAGUAGUAGGUUUUGAUCUGCCAGGGCACGGGAAAAAUACUAAAGGCACUAGAGGAUAUUUUGGGACUUUUGACGAUGUUAAAAAACACUCAUACAAAUUUAUCAACUCAACAAUAGCCAAGUUAGGAUACACAAAUCUUCCAAAGUUUUCUAUUGGAGUCUCGACUGGAGCUCUGACAGCUCUUACUCUUGCAGUAGAGAAUGAAAGAUUAUUCAAUGGAGUAAAUAUUAUCUGUCCACUUCUAAAGAAUGAAGGUGCGAAGCCAAGAGGAAACUCUUAUAUCGAUUUCUUAGGAAAAGCCUUCCCAAAAUUAGGGAUGGCUAAAGUAAACACAGAGGCUGCUCAACCUUUUGAUGAUCCUCUAUUAUUCAACGGAAAGCUCAGAGCAGGUCUUUUCAAAGAACUCGAAGAUACUACCUUUCAUGUUAGGAGGAAUGCGAGCAAUCUCACAAUUCCAAUUCUCGUUGCUCAUGGAGGAAUUGAUACAAUCACACCAGCAUCUGUUGUUAGGGAGUACUUUGAGGAGGUACCUACUCAGGAUAAAGAUAUCAUUAUGUAUGAUGACUGAGGACAUGACAUCUACUCUGACCCUGACUACUACAAGCUUUUGGCCAAUGAGCAAGCAAUCUGGUUAAGAUCUCAUCUUUAAGUCAUAGACAUUCAGUUGCGUAAA